CGCGCACUCGGCACGCCAGCUGAAGACGGUGCGCGACGCGAGUGCGCGAGGCUGCGGACGAAUUUCUUCCUACGUAUUAAACGCGAGACUUCGACUUACCUUUUCUUUCGAGAAAAAUUGUAACGACGGAUCAUCUUCAGCUUCUUCGAACACUCAUAGUGUUCAAGCGAACAUAUUUUCGAAACCAUUUCGAAUGUUUCUCAGGUGUGCUCUCAAGGUUCCCGGAGAGAUUCGAGAAAAUCAACAUUACUUACUGGCACGACGGUACGACACUGGUCCUGGUGACACACGGUUCACGUGUUCGGUUCGCGAUGAACGGUGCGCGUGGAUCGCGGCGAGGCUACGGUUCUUUCGACUCCGCGCGACGCGACGGGAAUCGUACGGCUCGGUUUCGCAACAGCAGUCGGGGACGUCGCGUGGCCGACGCAACGCGCGACGUGGGACGGCCGCGAGCGAUUUAGACAUUCCGGUGAACGCGAUAAUAACAACUGAACGCGAGGAUAAAAACCGUUACGCGUCUUAGACAAGAAUGCCGCUGGCAUUCGUCUGAUCGUUUUCACCUGUUCCCGUUCGAUUAUCGAUAGCCGACCCGCUGUUCGUCACCGCGGUUGCAAGCGGCCAAUCGUUGACCAUAAACAAAACGUACAGCGAGAGACUCCUCCCGCCCCUCCGCGUUCCGCCGUCGUUCCCGAGACACAUAAGGCUAAAGCUGAACGCGCACGAGCGAUUCGCGGGAAAAUGUUGCAGCUGCAACUCCCUUGGUGUGAAUGAGAGAGUCCCCCAUCUGACGAGAAGAAUAAGAAUCGUUUAACACGUUGACUGGCAUGGUGGUCACCGGUGACCGGAGCUUCAAAAUUGGUUGACACUAGAAUCUUAAUCUUGAUAAAAAUUGUAACAAAUUAUCUUCAGUUUCUUCAAUAUAAUAUUCAAACGAAGCUAUUUAUUUUCAAGAUCAUUUCGAAUAUUCAAUGCUCUUAAGUCAACGUGUUGAGGCUUUCGCGACCUGGAAUGUUACAUUCAAAAGUGGCUUUCCUGUGAGAACCGUGUCCAGUAGGAAAUUGUUCGCGACGUUUCGCCAUCAUUGCAGCUGGUUUCAUCAGGGUUAAAGGCACAUUGAUAUCGGUAUGUGUUAGGAAGACUGUCUGUACAUACCUGAUUCAUGUUCCGGAUCAGUGGUCACCUGUAGUUCUUAAUUGGCAGCUGAGUAAUUAAGAAGAUGGGAGGAGCGAGUGUCGAUUUGAUAAUUGAUGUCCUGUGUCCCAGUUGAUGUUCGGGUGCUUCAGGAUUUCAAUUGAUUCCCUUUUCGACUGUUCUCCGAAGGAAAGGAGGAAAAUCGACGGAAUAGCUAGCAGCUUCGACGAAAAUCGUCCGGAGAUUCAUCACGUUGAAGUUUGAGGUCGCGUUAACACCUCGGCUAUCGAUUAGUCACUCUCGAUCGAGUCCGGAUCCUGGUUCGAGUCCAAGGAGACCGCGAUAGCCCAGUGUCCGUCGCUGUACUCACGUCGCAACAUCGAUCCUCGCGGAUCUUCACGGAUCUCGAAGAAUUCAGUGUUAGAAACGCGCGAAAUCGUUGACAGACUGUGUUCGUUUGCUUACUCGGGAGUGACAGCGAAGAAACUCGUCGUUUCGCGGUACAAACGGGCACACCACUCGACGUUUCCUUCGUUAACGUCGGAGGCGCCAAACUCGUUGACUAUCGAACCGUUUACAAAAUUCAUCGACUGCGCAGAAUGAAAGUUAGAAUUUGUUAGAGCUUCGUAAGUCGAUUGACAAGCGACCGUUCGUUUGCAAAAUUCAUCGACUGUGCAGAAUGAAAAUUAAGAUUUAUUAGAAAAUUCUAUGACUGCGCAGAAUGUUAGAAUUUAUUAGAACUUCACAGGUACGUCGAGAAGUAACCGUUCGUUUACAAAAUUUAUCGACUGCGCAGAAUGAAAAUUAGAAUUUAUUAGAACUUGACAGGUACGUCGAGAAGCAACCGUUCGUUUACAAAAUUUAUCGACUGCGCAGAAUGAAAAUUAGAAUUUAUUAGAACUUCGUAAAUACAUCGAGAAGCAACCGUUCGUUUACAAAAUUAAUCAACUGCGCAGAAUGAAAAUUAGAAUUGAUUAGAAGCUCGUAGUUAGAUCGAGAAGCAAUCGUUAGUUUACAAAAUUAAUCAACUGCGCAGAAUGAAAAUUAGAAUUGAUUAGAACUUCACAGGUACGUCAAGAAGCAAUCGUUCGUUCGAACGUAGAAAUUCGUAAACACUGGCACUCAUGAACGACCCGAUCAGUGACGCGAGUAAACUAACCUAACAGUGGCGUGUAGUGCUGGCGGCGGGAAAGAUCGGCCGAUAGCGGGGCACGUUGCAGCCUGUUAUCGCUGUCUCGCCGGAAUUCCAUUCACGGUGUACGGUUUCGAUUACCCGGACACUCUGCUGGCGAGUUCGAGCCGAUGAAAUGGGACUGACACGGCGGAAUCGCUGUUCACCGUGAGAGGGGAACGUCGACGAUGCUCGACUCGACGUCGCCUUUCCGCUCGGAGAUUUUGACCGAGGAGAUUCGACGACCGGAAGUGCCCGACGAACCGUCCGAUCGGAGGAUGAGUCUGUGGCCGGUAGCCAACCGGAGCUUCCUCCACGGGGACCGGAAGAGCUUCGCGCCCCCCGAGAGGGUCGUCUACGCCACCCUCGACAGCUUGGCCUUGAAGAGGGCCAGGCUGCCUCUGCAGCUGCUACCGGUUCGCCCGAACGCGGCGGCCGAUUGCGACGUGCCUGCCGAAGACGAGGGAAACUGCGAGCAACAGGUUGAACAAAGAGACGCACCGGAGGACCUGCCUCCAUCAAGCGAUGCCCGCGUCGACGUGUCGGCCGUUAUCGAGGGAAAAGCUGCGAACCACCUCGAUAUCGAUAACGGCCGCGACGAUAAACGCUCGGCGACCGUCGCGCGAGCCGCAGGCGUUGACCAGUGCGACGACGCGGCGGAAACGGAGCCCGACGACGACCACGCCGAGCGGAGAUCCAGCUGCAGCGACUACGAGAGGAUCGAGGUACCGUGCUCUCCCGUUCGAGAAACGGUUCCCAGCUUUCGCGGGGGAGAGCCGGAGGCCGGGGGAGCCGAGUACGCGAGCGUGCUCGUGAGAUCCGUUUCCCCGAGCGACCCGGAGGCGGCUCCCACGGCGGAAAAGCUAACGGGAGACCGGAGAAAUCGCCGGCCCGGGGACACCGGCGAGAAGAAGAAGAAGCGCUUCGCGAAGAACGUGCUGCAGCUGGUGCCCGACUACCUCGCGAAAGGCUCGAAGAGGGCACGCAGGAAGAAGAAGGCCGCCGGACUGAGCUCGUCGCUGGGCUCGCUGAAGACGACGCUCGUCGAGCCGACGAUGGACGAGGAUCUCGCGCUCGAUCUCAGGCACAGGUCGAGGAGCCUGUCCAGGGAGGAGCUGCGCUACCUGAAGAUCUCGUCGCCGACGAACUUCGUCCACGUGGCGUCGGCGACCAGCCCGAGCCUGGUCUCGAACGAGAACAGGGUCGAGUUCGGCUCGGAGCAACUGCCGGUGAUUACUCACGAGGAAAAGUGUGCCACGGUGCCUCUCCUCGUCCAGGCGAGAACAGAGGAUUCCAACGAAAAUCGGAGCGACGCGAUCGGCUCGAGCCUGGACCGAGCAAAGCCGGCGGGCGCGAAUACGGAGGAAGGCGUGGACGAAGCGAGACGCGAAUUCUUGCAGGAGCUGCGGGCACGAUCGGCGGAGGUAUUGGAGCGAAGCCAGCUAGUGAAAACCGGGGAACCCCGCGACGUCGGCGACGACAGCGGCCGCCGCCGAGGGAAAACGACGCCGGAACCGGCACGCGUCAACCGCAGUUUUCUAUGGAGCGACCGCGCCAAGUGCCUUCUGAAGAACCAGCCGGACCACCCGGGCGACGACGAGGACAGCUACGACGACGUGGGACUGCUCGGACCGAUCCGUCAGGAAGACGAGGACGAGGCCGAGGAGAAUUACGACGACGUGGUCGCGCCUUGGACCUCAGUGGAGGAGCCGAUCUUCGCGGAUUUCGACGAUGGCGUCUACGACGACGUGGUUUCCUUCGCGCAGCAUCAUCCUACGACAGAGAGCAGCACGCAUGAGAACAAAGAAAACAAGGAGAAUAAUGGAAACAGCGAGAAAUCGAAGGGAAACGACGAGGACCAUUACCUGUCCAUCGCGAACGAGUACUCCAGCGUGGAGGAGGAGGACGUCGACGAGAUGGAGGACUGCGGGCAGGGUCUGUACGAUGACGUCGGCCUGCCUACGGAGGAGCGGGUCAACAGUUUGUACGCCGGCUCUACGACCGGCUCGAUCCUCGGCAAGGAAUCCGAGUGGGAAGACCUGGAAGAGCCGAGCACCGGCGUCCCGCCCCUCCCUUCGCCUGGAAGAGACGAUAGUUGGCCAAAAGGCGCAGAGGCGACGACCACGCAACUCGUGUCGAGCAAGAAGAAGGCGGGACAGAAAUGGUCUCGGAAGAUCGGCCGACAGCGGUCCAGACUGUCCAGGAAGAGUUGCAAGUCGACCAAGAAGCUGCCGAUCGGCGAUACUACGAUCUACGACAACGCGUCCGACGACAGCACCUACGAGAGCCUCCGCUCCUUCCAGCCGGAUGACGACUUCAGCUCGAGCUCGGAGCCGGAACCGGAAACGGGGGCCGCGGACACGAGAAUCCCGGAGCCGAGCCUGGAAGCGCCGACCAGACCCAAUCCUCCGCCGCCCCGCGAGGCCAGCUUGACGCAGACCCUCGGCAGGAGGAUCAAGAUGCUGCGCAGGACCUGGAGCAUCACCAAAGGCAGCCUCGGCCGGAUGCGCAGGAGGACCUCGGCCGGCGACGAGCACGAGGACGCCAAGGACGCCUCGUGCAACGAUCAUCAGCCGACCCUCGACCCCGCCAGGUACUUCGGCCUCGCGAGACACUUCAAGAAGAGCGUCUCCGGCCUAUCGACCUUCUACCUGAACGGCGCCUCGCUCGCCAACGGCAGCAACGGGUCCAGCAGGUCCAGCGGCGACCGCGCCACGCCGGAAGAACCGAUUUACAGCAACACGAGCAGCGAACCUGACCCGUACAGCAUCCUCGCCGACCAGGAGCCGCUGUAUCAGUUCUACGCCGCAGCGGCAGCCAGGGGAGCGUUCGACUCCAACUCUGAAAGUUACCAAGAGGUCGAGGACACGACCCCAUCGCAGUCGGCGACGGACCUGGUGAGACCCGGACACAGGACGCUAUGGUGUCACACGCCGCAGGUUUCGGGCAGCGACCUUUUACAGCGUCUAAGCGCGGACGAGAGGAAGAUUCAGGAGGCGAAAUUCGAGAUCCUGACGUCGGAGGCCUCGUUCUUGAACUCGCUUCGCGUUUUAGAGAACGAGUUCCUGAACGAGACCUCGAUCAACGAGAUGCUGACGCCGCCGGAGAAGGAGAAGCUGUUCGGCGGCAUCCCCGCGGUGCUGCACGCGUCGGAGCAGUUCCUCGCGGAGCUGGAGGCCGUGUGGAGGCAGGACCCGAUGCUGCGCGGACUGUCGGACGUGCUACUGAAGUACGCGGACAAGUGCUCGGACAUCUACGUCGCUUACUGCUCCAAUCAAGUCAGCAUAGACACCACCCUCAAACAUCUGAGAACGAGAAGGGGGCACAAGUUCUUCGAGGCCGUCGCGCAAGUCGAAGCGCGCCCCGCUUGCCACAGCUUGUCGUUGCAUUCCUUUCUAAUGUUACCGAUGCAACGGAUAACCAGGCUUCCGUUACUGGCGGACGCUGUCCUCUCCAAACUGUCCAUCGAGCACGCGGAGAGAUCCCGCUGGGAGACGGUGCUGUCGAGCUUGAGCUGCGUCGUCGCCGAGUGCAACGAAGGCGCGCGUGCCGCGGCGAAGGAAGUGGAAAUGGAGAAUUUGACCAGGAGACUGGAAUACUCGUCGAAAGUGACACCGAUCCCCUUGAAGGGGAAGCACCUAGUGAAAAGCGGACCGGUCGUGCAGCUGUUGACGAAGUCUGACGCCGAGUACAAGCUCACGUUCGGGAAGAAGUUCAACAAAACGCCGCUCUACCUUUUACUGCUCACUGAUUACCUUCUAGUCGCUAAAUACAAAUCCAAUACUCAGGACGAAACGUAUUCCGUGAUAGACGCCUGUAAGAGAAGCUUGAUCGCUUUGGAGUCGGCGCCGGAAGAUUCUCCGUUCGGAGGUCGCCACGCGAUGCUUCUGACUCUCUUGGAAAAUUACUCGGGCCGUCAGGCCGAGUACGUUUUAACUUGCGAUAGCGACACGGAGAAGCAGAGGUGGCUGGAAGCUGUGUCGCCCUUGACGCGGGGCUUAAUGGGAGAAACCCUUUACGAGGUCUGGGACUGCCCGCAGGUGGUCGCUUUGUACAGUUACUCGUCGAUUCAACCGGAUGAGCUAUCGUUGCAUCCAGGGGACGUCAUAAACGUAUUCAGAAAGAUGUCGGACGGUUGGUUCCACGGUGAGAAAUUGUUGGACGGCGAGCAGGGCUGGUUUCCUGGUAACUACACGAAGGAAGUCGCCUCCGAGCAUGUUCGCGCGAGAAAUCUGAAGCAACGACAUCGCCUCCUCGCAUUAAACGGCAGCGCGUUGCAACGGAAAGCGAAACAACAGUCUGCCUUUUACUGACCGAAUAAAAUAUAAGUUAUAUACGAUGAUAGAGAUUCUGUGCAAUAUCAAAUAAAGUGUGUUCGACGGUUUGCACGUUUCUUUCCACUGUUUUGCUUGAGAAAUUCCCCUAAGCGUUCUUCGUCUUGGAGCACGGUUUAGUCGCGUGUUUAGAAAGUCGAGUGAAACCUAAAUGAAUAUAACAAAAGUAUUUCGUUAUUUAUUAUUCUC